GCAACGGAAGUGUUAUUGAAAUAAAUUAUAAUGAUACUAAUGAAAUACAAGAUAUCAAUUUUUGCUAUGUUGGACUCAAGAAUCCUUUGAAUUUUUACCCAUUAUUUGACCAAUACAUCCUAGUGACAUACGCUCAUGCAACUAAUACAUCCGAUAAUACAACUUUUAUGGAUCGGGGAAUGGUUUUAGAUUGGAGUGGAAAUGUUAUAAGUCGGCUCGUUUUUGGGUCAUCUUAUUUGAUUCAGGGUACCACUAGUUGGUAUCCAGAUGAAUUUAUAGUAAAUAACAUUAAUCCUCGAAAGGGAUUUUUACGUUUGUCCGUAGUUAGUGGAACAACUAAUUUCAAAUGGAGUCAAUUCGGAUAUAUCGGUAAUGGAGAAUUUAUUUUAUUACAGAAUGAUACUGUUGGAAGUGUAGAAUUUUCCAGCUUUCAAGUUACCGUAUUUGCUACUUUAAAUGGUGGAUAUGCAAUUGUGUAUGCGAAUACGACAAAUAAAUAUCCUAAUGACCCAAUGUCCACCACAUUUACCCCGAAGGCAGGAAUAUAUGCAUUAUUAUUGGGUCAAAAUCAGACAACAACCACUCAACAAAUUAUUUUAUAUGAAAUGCCUACUCCUAAUAUGACAUUUAGUAAUUUAUUUUGUUCUGUAGACUACGUUUUCAUUGGUCAUACAUGUAUUAUCUCAGUACUACAAAGUGUUCUAGUCCCGUCUAAUAUCAAUGUAACAUAUUCUAAUGUAACUACAUCCACACUUUUUAGUCCGACUACAACUUCUGCUAUACAAGUUAUCACACCAGUUAAUGUUACUACAGUUAACACCACCGCGCCACCUAAUAUUACAACAAAAACAUUUUAUAUUAAAAUUCGCUUUCUUUCUACGGGAUCUGUUAUGACUUUGAAUCCAAUAUUCAAUGUUUCUUCCAUUAACGCAAAUAUUAGAACUCUACCUCUUGGUGGAUACGCAUUUAUCUCACGACAACCUAAUGCUGGAAUUGUAACUUUCAACUUUAGCCUUUAUGAUGAAUAUAAUAAACUGUCUAACUGGCCGUUUCCGCUGCAAACGAUUACCUCAAAUCUAGUUGGCGCGUUUGAUAUAAUACAAAAUAAUUCAAUGUUAGUGGCACAAAAUGAAUCAGGUAGCACUUGGAACCUUCUUUCAAUCAAUUUUCCAAUACUUGCUCCGUAUCAAGAUGGGGGUUACGGUAAUUUACAGGUGAACUCAACAUAUCCUCAAAGAAACAGUGUAAAUAUACCAUUAAAUACUGGAAUAAUCAACAUCACGUUCAAUGAUCCCGUUUUGCUUUCAGAUGGCAAUUUAACAAUUUAUCAAAUCAUUAACCAAACCAACGUUCCUCGACAAUUGAUCUAUUCAAGAAUUUGCACUAUUGGUAAUUGCAUGACUUCGAACAACCUUGUUAGUCUUCAAGUGCUUCCUAGCACCUUCAAUGACCCAGGUGGAAGUUAUUAUAUACAGAUGGGUAUCAAUUUUGUAAUGAGUGCAGUUUAUAAAGAACCCUUACUGGGAAUUAAUCCAAAUAUAUGGAAUCCUACAGGAUUAAACAACUCAGGAAAAGCUGAAUUUUUUAAUAAUUUAAUAAAUGAUCUCUUAUUUAUAAUUCCCACUGAGAAAGGAAGAUUAGAUUCAAAUAAGAACUAUCAAAUUGAUAAACCUUUAUCCAAUGUAGUGCAAUAUCUUAUCCCACUUACUAUUUAUGAGAUGAGAAAAGGUGAUAAAAAGAAUGCCACAUCGAUCCAUGAUGAUUUAAAUACAUUAAUAAAAAAUAAGGAUUAUACGGGCAUAACAUUAUAUGGAAAUACUUCUCGAUUUUUAGAUAUUGAUUAUGGAUUUCAAAGAGCCACAUUAUUCGUCAUAGCAAAGAUAAAAUCACCAGAGAGCCAAAAUUUUAUUAUUAUCCAAAUUGGUAUUACUAUAUUUCGUACUACGACUGUUACUAUGUUUACUUUUACUAGUGCGAAAGCUAUCAUAAAUCCAAAUCUUUACAUACCAAGUUUAGUAUUUUUAUUUGUACCCAUAAUAUUAAAUUUAUUGGUAGCAUUUACAAUAAUAUUUUUUGGUAAAGGAGAUUUUAGCAAAUGGUUUUCAAAAUAUGGAAGGACUGCUACUUCAUUUGCAAUGUUAUCUGAUAUUCCACAAUUUAUUAUUCAGAUAUUGUAUAUAAAUAAUAGUGUCGAAUAUGAUAUUCUUCCAUUAUUCACCUUAAUAGCAUCAGGUCUUUCAUUAUCUUCUAACAUAAUUAGUAAAUUAUUCUUUAUUAAAUAUAGUGCAUAUUCCCCCUAUUUAAGUAAUUUCUAUGACCAUCAUGCUGUCGAAUCAAAUAAUAUUGAUGAGCAUAGAAAUAGUUAUGAAGAAGAUGAGGAGGAUAUAUUUUAA